CAAGUUGACGCAUUCUUUAAUAGUUGAUGAUGCAAAUACAAAUACAAGGUUCUCAUGUUACGUGUAACAGGUCUUACAACUGCUCCGUACACAAUUAUUUCCUUCGCAUAGAUUGUCUUAAAUGUUGCUUGCCAUUUAGAGCAUACAUUGUGUCGAUUUUCUAUCAAAGAAUCUUAACGGGAUGUUGAUUUAGUGAUUACCUGAGGAAAAAUGUUUCCCAUCAGUAACACAGAGUCACUCCGUACCACCAGCACCACCACAGCAAUUUAAGUACCACACAAAUGAACCUUAGUGCAAAAUUAAUUUGACAUGUUGACGUACCCUGAAGCACAAAUGGAAUUGAUAUUAAAACUCAACCUUUCGGUUCCUUCAUGCUUGUUUACAAAGCUUCUCACCAUGGAUUUACUUUAUUUUCUUCCAUUGGUUUCUUUAUUUUUGCACCACCUAAUACCAAAGGUAUCGUGUGUAGAGAUGUGGGACAGAGCCACAGUAGUAUGCGAAACCAAUGGCAAAAAACAGAUAGUAGAAGAAAACUCCAAUCGAGUCGUGGUUUUAGAUUCUGCAUGUCAGUCGGGAGAGGUAGCAUGGCGACUAAGUGAAACCUAUGUAUACCUUCAUUUCCAAAAACCAUCCAGAUUUAGAGUGUGUUUUAGUAGCCCAGCCGUACCUGGUUAUGAAAAGUACAGUGUUUACAGUAUGUCAAGUGAAAAAGCAAAUUAUGCAGGAAGUCCAAAUCGAGAUGGUGACAUUUGUUUAACGUCCUCAGGAACAAACCUCAACCUAGCCCUGCAAGCAUUGAAUACAUAUUACCUGUUAACUGCUAAGUUCAGUGUAUCUUGUGUUUUAUCGUAAAUAAAGAAAAGUUUUCAGAU